AUGGAAACGAGGACUGCCUACUACAUAGGCUACAGACAAGUCUACAGACAAGACUUUAAGACUACAUACAGAUGCUGUCCUGGAUGGUCCCAGCUCAAUGCAGAGGCAGGCUGCCUCUAUCCUGUCUGCACUUACAGAGACUGCUUUAAUGGGGGUGUGUGUACGGGACACUUGCAUCAACUGUGUGACUGCCCCCCAGGAUUCAAUGGAUCCAGCUGUCAGUAUGAUAUUGAUGAGUGCCAGGUUCACAACGGAGGCUGCCAGCAUAGGUGUGUGAACACCAGAAGCUCGUACUACUGCGAGUGCAACCCGGGCUUUCGUCUGCACAUUGAUGGCCGCACCUGCAUAGCUGUCCUAUCCUGUGCAGUGAAUAAUGGAGGCUGUGAGCAUGAAUGUGGCCAACUGUCUCCAGUUCACUUCCAGUGCCGCUGCAGACGUGGGUACCAGCUCACAGCUGAUGGCAAGCGCUGUAGAUUGAGGAACCCAUGUGCGGAGAGGAGCGGUGGCUGUGUGCACUUAUGUCGCAGUGAUGGCGGUCAUGCUGUGUGCAGCUGUCACCAAGGCUUCACGCUGGCCCAGGACCAGAAGAGCUGUGAAGAUGUCGAUGAGUGUGAAACGGGAUUGGCAGCUUGUGCUCACAGUUGCCGAAACACUCCGGGCUCUUUCUCAUGCGUCUGCAAUCCGGGAUACGAGUUGGGCUCUGAUGGCAGGAAAUGCUACCGUAUUGAAAUGGAGAUUGUUAAUAGUUGCGACUCAGAUAAUGGUGGCUGUUCACACCACUGUCAGCACGGCACGCUUGGACCCGUCUGCAGCUGUAACCAGGGUUAUCAGCUUGCGGAGGACCUCAAAACCUGUUUGGAUCUGGAAGAAUGUGAGGAGGGAACUUCAUGCUGUGAGCAGGACUGCACAAACCACCCUGGAGGUUAUGAGUGCUACUGCAGGGCAGGAUACAGACUCAACACUGACGGAUGUGGAUGUGAUGAUGUGGAUGAGUGUCUGUCUGAUAAUGGGGGCUGUGAGCACACUUGUCAGAACACAGCUGGCUCCUAUCACUGCUUCUGUGAGUUUGGAAACCGGCUCGCUGAGGAUAGACACUCCUGUAUUCCCCUGGAGAGAGCGGUUGAGGAAUUGUCCAGUCCAGCGUUGGUUGAGAGACCUCUCCUUCAACUCACUCUCCUCCAGGACUACCCACAACCCCUGGAGCGCUAUCACGACUAUGAGGACGAUGGCUUUGGAGAGCUGCGAGCAGAUAGCACCCUCUCUGAGAAAUUUGUGUGUUUGAAUGGGACAUUUGGCCGUGACUGCAGCCUGACGUGUGACGACUGCUCUAAUGGAGGACUGUGUAACAUUGACAGCGAUGGUUGUGACUGCCCAGAUGGCUGGACAGCAAUCAUUUGUAACCAAACCUGUCCAGAGGGAACAUUUGGGAGAAACUGUUCCUUCACUUGUAAGUGCAAAAACGGUGGCACCUGUGACCCGAUUAGCGGGAAGUGCCGCUGCCCACCUGGAGUCAGUGGAGACCUGUGCCAGGAUGGCUGUCCGAAGGGACUAUAUGGAAAACACUGCAACAAGAAAUGUAACUGUGCUAAUAACGGACGCUGCCAUCGCACAUAUGGAGGCUGCCUGUGUGAUCCAGGGCUCUACGGCAGGUUUUGUCACCUACCUUGCCCCAAGUGGUCGUAUGGAUCUGGCUGCUCAUCGGAGUGUCAUUGUGUGCAGCAGAACACGCUUGAAUGCCAUCGACGUCAUGGAACGUGUGUGUGCAAGCCUGGCUAUCAGGGCAAGACCUGCAACCUGGAGUGUGAUAGUGGAUACUAUGGUCCAGGAUGUAAAUCAAAAUGCCAGUGUCCAGCAGGAGUGUCUUGUCAUCACAUGACUGGACACUGUCAGCGUCAGUGCCCAGCCGGUCUGUAUGGGGAUCACUGUGACCGAGAGUGCCUUGUGGGACAGUUUGGAGUUGGAUGUUCACAAUCUUGUGACUGUAAUGGAGCUCCAUGCGACUCAGUGACUGGAAAGUGCCACUGUCCUGCUGGGCAGACAGGAGAACACUGUGAAAAAGAGUGUGAAGAGGGCCGUUGGGGGCUGGGAUGUGCAGAACUAUGCCCUUCCUGUGAUAAUGGUGGAUUGUGCGAUCGGCAAAACGGCACCUGUAUUUGUCCACCAGGAUACAUGGGAAAUCUCUGUGAGAAUGUCUGCCCAUUUGGACACUUUGGCCUCAGCUGUCAGUUGCGCUGCACCUGUGAAAACAGGGGGCAUUGCCACCACGUGACAGGUCUCUGUGCUUGCAAAGACGGCUGGAAGGGACCCAACUGCGGAAAAGCUUGUGAGGUGGGACUCUGGGGGCCAAACUGUGCCAGCCAGUGUGACUGCAGGAGCAGCGUGGGCAGCUGUGACCCUAUGACUGGGCAGUGCCAUUGUGAAGCAGGCUACACGGGACCACGCUGUGAUCAAAAGUGUCCGGAGGGUUUCUUCGGCCAGGGCUGCCGUCACAGAUGCCAGUGUGAGAAUAAAGCAGCGUGCGAGCAUGUGAGCGGUGCCUGUACUUGUUUACCAGGCUGGACUGGAACAUACUGUGAAAAACCCUGUCCGGAGGGUUUUCAUGGUUUCGAAUGCCAGCAGAAGUGCCAGUGCUUAAAUGGUGGUCGUUGUCACCCUGUGAUUGGAGACUGCCAGUGUCCAUCUGGUUGGGUCGGGCCCCUUUGCAACACCACAUGUGAAGCUGGCACCUAUGGUCCUGGCUGCAGUCAAACCUGUAACUGCCACAAUAAUGCCACCUGUGACCCUGCUGAUGGAAAAUGUAAGUGUGGAGCAGGAUGGACAGGGAGCAGCUGUGAACAAGAAUGCCCAGCUGGCUUCUAUGGUGUGGGCUGUCACCAGCACUGCUUGUGCCAGAAUGGAGGGUCAUGUGUCCGAAUCAGUGGGCACUGCACAUGUCUAAGUGGAUGGAUUGGAGUGGCCUGUGAACAGGAAUGUGCUCUGGGACACUUCGGCAUCGACUGUCAACACAAGUGUGAGUGUGAGAAUGGAGGAGUGUGUGACCGACAGAAUGGCAGGUGCUUCUGUCCAGCAGGCUGGAUGGGCUCACACUGUGAGAUGGCAUGUACUCAAGGUUUAUAUGGUCCAGGCUGUAAGCAGCAGUGCAGGUGUGAUCAUAACGCCCCAUGUCACCACAUCACUGGCACCUGUAUGUGUCCUGCAGGCUGGAGAGGGUUGCACUGCGAGAAAAUUUGUUUACCAGGUUCAUACGGGAAGCGAUGUGCUCAGCAAUGCCACUGUCCUGGCAGCACUUCCUGUAACCAUGUGACCGGGGAGUGUGGCUGCCCACCUGGGUUUACUGGUAACGGCUGUGAGCGAAUGUGUCAGUCAGGCAUGUUUGGACUGAAGUGUAAUCAGGUGUGCCAGUGCUCUGAGGUUAAUCAGCUCUGUCACCCCGUCACUGGUGUCUGCUACUGUGCUCCAGGAUAUCAUGGCAGCAAGUGUGAUACAGAGUGUGCGGUAGGCCGUUAUGGUCCCAACUGCGAGCAGGAGUGCCAGUGUCUGAAUAAAGGAGUGUGCAAGACCAGCACUGGCAGCUGUACCUGCCCACCGGGAUUCAUUGGACCAAACUGCAAUAUCACCUGUCCAUCAGGGCGUUACGGGCAAGACUGUGCACGAGUGGCUUUGUGUGGUGAAGGGGCCAGGAGUGAUCCGGUCACAGGCAGAUGCGUGUGCAAAGCAGGCCAGCGAGGGGAAGACUGUGGGAAAGGUUGUCCUAGGGGCUGGUUUGGCGAGGACUGUGCUCAGCGCUGUCACUGCAGUAAUGGAGGACUGUGUGACGUGGUUACAGGAAACUGCACCUGUGGGCUGGGCUGGACAGGAAACUGCUGUGAUCGAGAGUGUCCCAGAGGCCGGUAUGGGGCUGACUGCAGGGAAGUAUGUGAUUGUAAAAAUAAUGGCACCUGUGACAGAGUGACGGGCGAGUGUCACUGUCCUCCUGGGUACUACGGACACCUCUGUGAACAUGCAUGCCCUGUUGGUUUCCAUGGACAUCGCUGCCAGCUUUUGUGUGACUGCCGUGCCAAUGCACCUUGUGACUCUGCAACUGGCCGCUGCUUCUGUCCUCCAGGUUAUCAAGGACUCCGCUGUGAUAGAGAGUGUGAUCCAGGCAAAUUUGGGCCUAAUUGUGUCCACAUAUGUGACUGUGACGGAGACACACCAUGUUACCCUGUCAGUGGCAGGUGUCUGUGUGCACCUGGGAAAAUGGGAUCUCGCUGUGAUAUAGACUGUGGAGUGAAUCGAUUUGGACCUGACUGCUCAGAGAGAUGUGAGUGUCACAACGGAGGUCAAUGCAAUCCACGCAAUGGACGCUGCACCUGUCUUAACAGCUGGGUCGGGCCGAGCUGUCAAGAGGGGCUCAUGUCUAUUCAGAAUACUAGCAGAAGCAAAAGGAAGGACUCGUCAGUAUAGCAAUCUCACGGUUUCUUACCCAGUUCAAUAACAGACACCGACAGUUUCACUGACUGUAAACUGACCUGGCUUGAAUUUGUGAGUGGACUCUUGGCUAAAAUUGAAGGCUUGUAGCAUUUUUUUUUUUUUUAGAUCUUUGAACACAAAAGUCCACCAAACCGUCAGAUGACUCUAACAAGGACAAACUUCCAAGGUGGAGACUUCCAUUAUAUAGUCAAUAAAUGAUAUACUUUCUUGUGGAAAAGUGGACAACAUGAAGUCCAAAAUGGAGAAGACUAUUCAUAUUGAAGUUCCUCCUGGAUGAGGACAAAUUCAAAGAGUUUUUUCAGCAUCAGUUCUGCUCAGGGAGAUUGAACUUCCUGAUGACUUCAGUUUAACUCUAAUCAAGAAAAGCACCAAAUCAAGGCCUUCGCUUCACCUGAAAUUGAAGUGAAUCCCACUGUCACUGUGAUCUUAAACAGGGCUUAAAGGGAUAGUGCACCCAGACUUCUGCUAUCAUUUAUAUAACCUCAUUUUAUGGUUUUGUAUCCAUUUAA